GAUCGUAUCAAAGAUUUGGUUGUGACUCUGUGUGAUCAAUUUGAUAAAAUCUCUUAUUAAAAGACGAGAAUACCAGUUAUUGUGUUAUUAUUUACAUGUUAUUUAGUUUUGUCCUUCACGCGAAUCAAACUAUGAAUUAAUUCUAAAAUUACAAUUACCUACAUUUUUUACGAUUAACUCCAAAUUUGUAAGAUAUUCUAGUGAUUCUAACCUCUAAUUGAACAUUAUAAAAAUUCUUUUCAAUAAUAAUUAUUUAGUUUAGAAUUAAAAAUGGCACAACACUUAAUUAGUCGAUUAAUUCCAACCGAACGAGGAUUUCUACAUCUUUUUAGUGUGAGCCCAAGAUUCUUGGCAACCAAAACUGGCGAAGAAAGUGCGAGGUUGAAGGAGUUCAGAAAGAAAUUGCGUGAAAAAACACCAAUAGAGAAACUCGAAGAACAUGAAGAGGGCAAACACCCUUAUCAAGAAAAGGACCCUUUAGAACCCUUUCCAGAAAAUACGAAUCCCGCAACUGGCGAAGUUGGUGGGCCAAGGGGUCCAGAACCUACUCGUUAUGGAGAUUGGGAAAGGAAAGGACGUGUAACUGAUUUUUGAUAGUUGCUUACUUAAUCAUAAAAAAAAUGUGUAAAUAAAUAUUUUUCUGCUGCGUUGCUGGAUAUUUAGAAAAUAAAGGCAAAUGAUUUUUGUGCUUGGUCCUUUGAUCUAUAAACUGACGGAAAAGUUUAUUUGUACAUUUACAAAUAUGAAACAAAUAUGAAACAAAUGUAUAAGUAUACAACUGUACAAUUUCAAAGUUCUGUAAGUCCCAACAUACUAAUCGUCCCCAGCAAUUUUCUGGGAGUUUUCGAAUUAUUUUUUUUUGUUCUAGCCGCCCCUACUGGGAUAAAAAUAAAGUAUAGAGUUCUUUGGAGAUGGAGCUAGAUGAUGAAAAUUCUGCUUAAGGUGGAAAAUAUAAAUUUUUUGCAUCGUAUAAACACUUUGUUUUUAUUUAUUAUUUUGCUAGCAAUAUAAGCAAUGUAACCUACGCAAGUUUUUGAAACAUGUGAUAAUUGUUCAGGAAGGGUACCUGGAAAUAAUAUUAUAAAUAAAUAUAAUAAAUAGUACUCUGUUAAAU